GGCUUUUACUUAUCACUCUUUUUUCCAGGUGAAUCAUCCAUUAUCGUAGAAUUUAUUCAUCAGCAUCUCUAAGCCGCCAUCACAGGGAAUAUUUUAUAGUGUCUACCUUCACCUUAUACCCAUUUUCUAUACUAACCACUCACCAGUCACCACCUACCCUAUUGAACGAAUCCCCAUUUACAAAGACGCCACACAAUACAAGUGUUAAAAAACAAUUACAAGCAUUUCUUCAAAGGUUUGUUUGAUAGAUACAAAUAGUGUCAGUCAAUGGCUGCCGAACAUGAUCAAAUGCCAGUGAAGGAAGAAGAGCAUCUGGACGUCCUUACUAAAACUGGAGAAAAAACUGGCAUCUCUAAGCCCAGAGGGGAUGUUCACAGAGCUGGAGACUACCAUCGCGCUGUUCAUGUAUGGAUAUUUGCUGAGAGUACACAAGAACUACUCCUCCAACGACGUGCUGAUUGCAAGGAUUCCUGGGCUGGUCUGUGGGAUAUCUCAAGUGCCGGUCAUAUAUCUGCUGGAGAUUCAUCUCUUAUUUCAGCAAUGCGAGAGCUUCAAGAAGAACUUGGUGUAACUCUUCCGAAGGAUGCAUUUGAAUUAAUAUUUGUUUUUCUUCAAGAGUGCACUAUCAAUGAUGGCAAGUUCAUCAACAAUGAAUACAAUGAUGUAUAUCUAGUGACAACAAUAGAUCCAAUUCCUUUGGAGGCCUUUACACUUCAGGAAUCAGAGGUUUCAGCUGUAAAAUAUAUCUCUCUUGAGGAGUACAGACGAGUGCUUGCUCAAGAGCAUCCUGACUAUGUGCCUUAUGAUGUGAAUGAGGAAUAUGGUCAGCUUUUUACGAUAAUUGAAAAGAGGUACAAGGAAAAUGCUGAAGCUAGAAGUUUAACUCUUGACAAGCAGCUAAACCGCUAUGCUAGUACUUCCCUCUCUGCAGAGUUGACUGGGCUGACUGCAGCAGACAAAGAAGCCUUAACUCUUCUGGUUAAAGCUGCAACAAUCAUGGACAAGAUCUUUUAUCUACAGGUUUGGUAUAGCAAUCCAUCUUUGAGAGACUGGUUAAAAGAAAACGCUGACAAAUCACAGUUGGACAAAUUGAAAUGGAUGUACUACGUAAUAAACAAAAGUCCAUGGUCUUGCCUGGAUGAAAACGAGGCUUUUCUGACGACUGCAGAUUCAGCUGUCAAGCUUCUUCCGAACGCAACAAAGCCUGUACCAGGUUGGAAGGGUCUUGAAUAUAGAACAGCAUUUCCUGCUGCAAAACCUCCUGGUGCAAAUUUCUAUCCACCAGAUAUGGACAAAAUGGAAUUCAACUUAUGGAAAGAUAGUCUUCAAGAAGAUAAACGGGAAGAAGCAAUGGGCUUUUUCAAUGUUAUUAGAAGGCAUAGUGAAUCACUGUUUGAAGAUACAACAUCCCAAAAAAUGGAAAAUGUCACUAGCACUUCUCAUGAUCUGUAUGUGGUUCCUUAUUCUGAAGAGUACAACUCUCUUCUUGCUGAAGCAGCCACCUUGCUUCGUGAAGCAGGAGAAAUGGCCAGCUCAUCUAGUUUAAAGAGACUUCUUUAUAGCAAGGCUGAUGCUUUCCUUUCAAAUGACUACUAUGAUUCAGAUAUCGCCUGGAUGGAGUUGGACUCCAAGUUAGAUGUCACCAUUGGCCCGUAUGAAACAUAUGAAGAUUCACUUUUUGGAUACAAGGCAACAUUUGAGGCAUUUAUAGGAGUCCGUGAUGACAAAGCAACAGCUCAACUCAAAUUGUUUGGUGAUCAUCUGCAGGUUUUGGAGAAGAAUCUGCCAAUGGACAAUAUUUACAAGUCAGAAAAUGUUACAGCUGCUCCCAUCAGGGUUAUCCAGCUUCUUUACAAUGCAGGGGAUGUGAAGGGCCCUCAAACAGUUGCAUUUAAUCUUCCAAACGAUGAACGUAUAGUUAAAGAUCGAGGAACGUCAAUGGUCAUGCUUAAGAAUGUUUCAGAAGCAAAGUUCAAGCUUAUCCUUAAGCCUAUAGCUGAUGUGUGUAUUGUGGAAGAACAACGGGAUCUUGUGGAUUUUGAAUCUUUCUUUACUCACACAAUUUGUCAUGAGUGCUGCCAUGGAAUUGGACCUCACACAAUCACACUUCCGAAUGGGCAGAAGUCGACUGUCAGACUAGAGUUGCAAGAACUUCAUUCAUCACUGGAAGAAGCAAAGGCAGAUAUUGUUGGGCUUUGGGCUCUUAGGUUUCUAAUGGGCAAGGAUUUGCUUCCGAAAAGCCUGGCCAAGUCAAUGUAUGUCUCUUUUCUUGCUGGAUGUUUCCGCUCUGUACGCUUUGGAUUAGAGGAAGCUCAUGGGAAAGGACAGGCAUUGCAGUUUAACUAUUUGUUCAAGAAAGGCGCAUUUAUUUUGCAUCCUGAUGAAACAUUUGCCGUUGACUUUGAAAAGGUUGAAGACAGUGUUGCAAGCUUGAGCAGGGAAAUUCUCACAAUACAAGCAAGAGGUGACAAAGAAGCUGCUAGAACCCUUCUUCAAAAAUAUGGUGUGAUGACACCAUCACUGAAACGGGCACUGGAAAAGCUGGAGACUGUUCAGACCUUUUCCUUGGAUCUGUAAAUCGAAAAAUGGGGGAACAUAACACCAGAAUUCAGGAACUACGUCGAGAUUUGAAUGGUCUUCGAGGAUCAUUCGAAGGGAUCGCUGGAUCAGUGGAAGAAUUGCGUAGAACUAUGGAUGAAAAGCUCACCCACUCGAUGGAAGAAUUUAAGAAGAUUCUGACGACCGGGGCAAAUGCACGAACUGUUGUUGAAGAAGAAGCACCAGCACCAACACCAGCAGAAAGGGGUCAACGAAGGGAGGAAUAUGAACUGCCCACCAGAAGCCAUCAAUUGGAAUUCCCUAAAUUUGAUGGAACUGGGCUUCGUGAUUGGCCGUAUCAGUAUGAACAAUUCUUUGAAGUUGAUCAGACUCCCGAAGCUUCGAAGGUGAAAUUGGCUUCUUGUCGAUUGGCUGGAAAGGUUCUUCAAUGGCACCAGGUGUACAUGAAGACUCGACUGUCUAGGGAUUGGCCUAAUGGGGGAGAGUAUGUGAGGUGCUUGUAUGCCAGGUUUGGAUCAGAAUUGUUCGAUGAUCCAAUGGGGUUUUGAAGGACCUUAAACAGGUAACUUCUGUGCAAGAUUAUGUGGAUUUAUUUGAUGAACUAUUAACUAGAGUUGAGUUAAAUGAAGAGUAUGUUGUUAGUUGCUUCCUUAGAGGUCUUAACCUGAAAUUGGGCUGCCUGUCAAAAUAUUUGCACCUAGAUCCUUGCAGAAAGCCAUUAGUCUUGCUAGAAUCCAAGAACAGACCUUAUUCAUACAGAAACAAACUCUCAAAAAUACCCCAGUUCUUUCUACACCUAGACCAAUUCAUAAACCAAUUGCCGGUCCCAAUUACCCGCAGAACACACAUUCUAACCACUCUAAACCAAAUUUUCCUUACCAAAGAAACCAAGGCUCCUACUCAGGAACAACCAAACCAUCCUACAGAAACCCAAGGCUUCUAACUCCUGUUGAAAUGGAGGAAAAGAGGGCUAAUGGAUUGUGCUUCAAUUGUGAUGAAAAGUAUGUUCCAGGUCAUGUAUGUGCAAAGAGAAGGCAGUUGUUUUCUAUUGAGGUGAUAGAACCUGAGGAGGAAGAAAAUGGUGAAGAUGGUAUCUUGUUUGAUCCUUCUGAGCUACUGAACAUGGAAGGAUUUGUAUAUGAUGUUGACUCUGAUGGGGCUAUCCUACCUCAUGUUUUUGUACAUGCUAUGACUGGUACUGAAGAUUUCAGAACCAUGUUCAGAACCAUGAGGGUGACUGGAUCAGUCAAGGGCAAAGCGGUGAAAAUGUUAGAAAUAUGCUUUAGAAGCUAAAAAUAGUAAAAUUAUUUUAUUGUUUCAGCUUAAGAGUUAUUUACUGCAGUAAUUUAGUUUGAAUUUGAAAUAAUUUUGAACUAGUCUUUAGGAGUGAACUAGUCUCUAGGAGUUUGUUAUUUUCAGCAGAUUUUGUGCUGAUUUUUAGGUCUUUUAAGUUAGUAUUUCUCUUAUAAAUUGUAGUCCAAAUGCAGUAAAAUUAUAUAGAAUUUUCAGCUUCAGUUCC